GGGUGUGGCGUCUCUCGUCCCGCCCCGCGCCCCUCCUCUCCCCGAGCCGGCUGGUGGUCGAUCUAGUCUCUUUGCUUCCUUCGCUCAUCGCAGACACUAGUCGACCCAUCGGCUUUCGGACCAUGGCCAACCUCGAGCGCACCUUCAUCGCCAUCAAGCCAGAUGGCGUGCAGCGCGGCCUGGUGGGCGAGAUCAUCAAGCGAUUCGAACAGAAGGGGUUCCGCCUGGUGGCCAUGAAGUUCCUUCGGGCUUCUGAAGAACACCUGAAGCAGCAUUACAUUGACCUGAAAGACCGGCCUUUCUUCCCGGGACUGGUGAAGUACAUGAACUCAGGGCCUGUGGUGGCCAUGGUCUGGGAGGGGCUCAAUGUGGUGAAAACGGGCCGAGUAAUGCUGGGGGAGACCAAUCCAGCUGACUCUAAACCAGGCACCAUUCGUGGGGAUUUCUGCAUUCAAGUUGGCAGGAACAUCAUUCAUGGCAGCGAUUCAGUGGAGAGCGCUGAGAAAGAGAUUCGUCUGUGGUUUAAGCCCGAAGAACUGAUUGACUACAAAUCUUGUGCCCAUGACUGGGUCUAUGAGUAGAUGUGGAGAAACUGGAGUCCUUUACAGCACUGCUGAUGGGUUCCAUGGACUGGGUGGAUCAUCUUUUCUAAAACAAUAAAGACUUUGGCACUGGG